UCCCUGGAGCCCCGCGCCGCCGGCUUUUCCCAGGCUCGCCUCCCGCGGGCCGCCAGAGUUCCGCAGGCGCCGACCGCGCUCGCCCGCCGCGCCCCUGCGCCGCCAGCCUCGCCCAUGUCUCAGUACGCCCCCGGCCCCGACUGCAAGAGCGCUUUGGACAGCAGCCUCGAGGCCAACAUCGACGAUGGCCAGGCCGAGGAGGACCUGCCCAGGCCCCAGAACUACCUGUGGCUCUCCAUCCUCUCCUGCUUCUGCCCCUCGUACCCCGUCAACAUCGUGGCCUUCGUCUUCUCCAUCAUGUCUCUGAACAGCUACAACAAUGGUGACGUGGAGGGCUCCAGGCAGCUGGGGAGGAACGCCAAGUGGAUCGCCAUCGCCUCCAUCAUUAUUGGCCUCUUCAUCAUCGGUGUUUCCUGUGUAGUUCACUUCGCACGGAAGUAA